AUGUUGCGGCCGGCUCUGCGCCACUUGGACUUUUCACGUUGCGAGCAGAAACGGAGGCUGCGCCAGCGGAGCAUCGCCGUGCAGGGAACCUUGGCCUUCCUCGCCUUUGGCUGGGUCCUGGCCCUGUGCCGGCUCGUCUUCAGGUGCUUGCACGCGCUGUGCAACCGGAAGAACUCAGAGAAGCGCCGGGUGGCCAAAGUGGAAGGUGCCGAGGCGCGCCCGAAACAAAGGCGCUGUGCAGAGCUCCAGCGACUGUUGGAGCGCUGUUACGUGUGGCGUGCUUUUCUGUACUGGACAGGUCUUGGAGGGCGUGCUUACCAGGGCGGUGACGACUCCAAGGUAGUGGAUGCUGCGAAGCGAAGUGCGGGCACUGGCGCAAAGACGCUGGAGGAAACUUUGGCCCAGUUCGGCUUGGACACUGUCGUGGCCAAGGAGCAGCAGACCUUCCACGGCGCUCUGCAGUCGCUCCUCACAGAGGGCUACGAGGAGAUAACGCAAGAAGCCGGCUGGACCGGUGCGGACAUCGAGGUCCUGAUACCCGAGAGGGAUUUAGAGUUAGAGGACGAGGAUCGUGAGAUGCGACCCACCGUGGAAGUGGAGGACAUGGAGAUGAAUGAAUGUGAGGAGGAGAUGCACAUCAGUUGA